CUCAAUGUGCAGUUGUCCAACAGCAGCAAAACACGAGCCAACUGGGCGAAGAAACGUCAAUCUUAUCUAGUAAAGCACAGAUUUCUCUUCAAAAUAACGCUACAACACCACGAAUCGUCUGAAAAACCCUUAUUCUACACCAGCAGGAAGAAAUAAGGGAUAUUUAUGCUAUGAAUUACGAACAGUUAUUCGUUUUAACAACAGCAGCGUUGAGCGUGUUGGCGGCAGACUUCGCUUUAGCAAAGGACUAUUAUCAGAUUCUUGGAGUACCAAGAAACGCUUCAGAUAGACAGAUUAAGAAAGCUUUCAGAAAAAUGGCCGUUAAAUACCAUCCGGAUAAAAAUAAGAACAAAGAUGCAGAGGAAAAAUUUCGCGAAGUCGCUCAAGCAUAUGAAGUAUUAUCAGAUGAAAACAAAAGAAGACAAUAUGAUCAAUUUGGAGAAGAAGGACUUAAGGGAAAUGGUUUCGGAGGAGGCGGUGGCGGGGGAUUCGACUUUGGUGACAUUUUCGGUGACUUUAACUUCGGUGGUGGACACAAAACAAAUGGAAAUGGAUUCAAGUUUUCUUUCGGUGGUUUUGAUGAUUUCUUUAAUGACAAUGAGGAGGAAGAAGAUGAAGAUUUUGGUGGAAUGCACUUUGGUGGAUUUGAUUCUUUUUUCGGUGGUGGUGGUCAUGCUAGACAUCAGGAAAGACAAAAUAUGUUUGGAGAAGAGUUUCAAAGGACAGCAAGACGGUCAGAGUUCCAUCAGUCUAGUGGAGGUGGAGGAAGAAGUUGUACAACUGUAACAAGACGGGUCGGCAAUAUGGUCACAACCUUCACAGAAUGUACAUAGCAAAUUCAUAGAUUUAAAGACUGAUGGCUAACACACACAAAAUGUUUUGGUGUCUGAUCUGCUACUACUACACAGUAUAUAACUUUUUGCAGUUAUACUAGACAUACUAUUUUUGAUUUACAUUGUUGGGAAAAAUUUAUCUUUUUUCUUGUGCCCAACUGCAAUUUUCUAUUUUUUGUUGCAUUGUCAGCAUGAGAGGAACUUACAUUGUGUAUCUUGGCUUGCAACAACAGCAGCCUACAAAAAAUGUUGCAGAAUGUUCAAGCGUUUGAAAUUUUCUCUGGAAUUGCAUGCAUUUUUUGAUAAGCAUGUUUAAGGCUGCAACUUUUUUCCUGCCACAAAAUUCAAAAUUCCAUUGUUGGUGCAAGAAACAUUGUAGCAUGUAUUGCAUAUCAGCAAUACAUGCAAAAAAAAAAAAACAUUUUAAUGCUUGCUAUCAAUUUUCCAGUCCUAAUAUGCUUUAAUAACUAUGCUAAACCUAUGGCAGUGGUAGCUUAACUUGAAUGACCCACAGCGUUAAGAUUUUCAUUUUGUGUGUGUUAGUCAAAAUAUUAAUUAUAAAUCAACUGCUCUAAAUGAGAAGAGUUGGUAUCUCGAUGAUGUUAUCUGAACAACUUUUGUAUAAUAUUAUGGUAUAAUUUAAAAAAACCCACAUUUUCAA